CCUACUGUAUAUACAAGAAUAUUUAUAUAGGCAACUUCCAGACUACUCUGGGUGUGUUUGAGCAUGCUGACCAUUGAAAACCUAUAUAAUAUUAAUUGAUUAGUAUUAAUAAAUGGAGUAUCUGGGUGGGCAUUAGGGAAGAGGGCGGGAAACAAUUUUCUUGAAGAGCCUUGCUCUAAACAGGAAAAUAUUCAACAGUGGGAUAACACUCACAGCAACAAUGGAUUCUGGUGUAAAAGGUAUCACAGGUAUCUUUUGGGCCAUUCUUGCACUUUUUCUGUUCUCAAACACCUCCAGUCAAAACACCUGCCCAAGUGUCUGCAUCUGCCACCCUUCACGGGCUGUAAAGUGUGUUGGCUAUACAAUCACUGAUAUACCUGUAGGGUUGCCGGUCCACACGUACCUCCUUCAAAUGAACGAUACCAAAAUGCACGUCAUCAAUGAACGAAGCCUUGACAACCUGGACCUGCUGUUGCGCUUCAGCCUGACCAACAGUCACCUCCACACCAUCCACCCCAAAGCCUUCGCUGUAGCCCCACAGCUCAAGUCUGUUAAACUCUCCUUCAAUGAUCUUUCUGCUGUCCCUGUAGGAGUUUUUUCUCCCCUGUCAACUCUGGAACAACUUCAGUUAGAUGGGAAUCAAUUGGCAAAUAUUGCACCAAAUAUGUUAGAAGGACUUAUUGGGCUAAAAGAGCUCGACUUGAACCGUAAUAAGUUGUCCAGCCUCCCCGCUGAUCUUUUUGACGGACUGACAAAUCUGACAUUUCUAAAUCUUGGAAGAAACUCCAUAAAAAAAUUGCCUCCAACUAUCUUUCAUUCAUUGAUCCAACUUCAGAAGCUAAUGAUCUAUAACAAUGAACUUGAUGUUCUUGAACCUGGGAUGUUUGAUACUCUUGUCAAACUUGAGGAACUCAAAAUUCAUUAUAAUCAGAUCAGCAGUCUUCCACCAAAGGUUUUUUGGUCAUUGAAAAAACUGAAGAUUCUUACUCUAUCGUCCAAUCAACUCCAGGCUGUCCCAAAAGAGAGCUUCUAUCACAUGCCUAAGCUAACUAAGCUCACCCUCUACAAUAAUCCUCUGCUAACUCUGCCUGACCAACUCAUGGGCUACAUGCCAGACAUGAAGGAGUUCUAUUUGUUUUCCACCAAUCUUACAACUGUUCCUGACAAUUUAUUUGCUAAUAUGUCAGGCCUAAUAGCUCUUAACUUUCACCUCAAUGACCAUCUUAAAGACCUCCCUUCUAAUCUCUUCUGUUGUCUCCCAAAUCUGUACAAACUAUCAUUGAGAAGAAAUGCACUGGAGCACCUACCACUAAAUCUUUUUUCCAGUUUGACCAGUCUAGGAAUACUUCUUCUCAAUAACAACAACCUGAAGAACAUUCCAGACAAUACCUUCCAUGGACUAUCCUUGCUAUCCACCAUAGAUCUAAAGAAUAACAUCUUGAAGGCAAUCCCAGGCGACUCCUUUACAUCAAACGUUGCUUUAAGAGCUGUUAGUUUGAGUGGUAACCCUUGGGACUGCACUUGUGGCAUAAGAAGUAUUGUAAGUUGGCUCAAACAAAAUGAUCACUUGGUUCCGGACAGACAGGAUGUGAUAUGUUAUAGUCCAACUUACCAGCGUCUCCGUACACUGGAGUCUCUCGAAGAAGAUUAUUUUAAAUUUUGUGACUUGGUUACUGCAAAAACAACAACUACUGCUACUACAAGUACAUCACAGGCUCAAGAUACCACUCCACUUCUUACUACUACUUACUACUACUAUAUUGCUGCUUAUCUUACUUCUCCUGCUACUACUACUACUACUACUCUCACUACAACCACUUCUUCUCCUGCUACUACUACUACUACUACUCUUACUACUACCACUUCUACUUCUACUACUACUACUCUUACUACUACCACAGCUACCCCUACUACUACUACUCUUACUACUACCACUGCUACCCCUACUACUACUACUCUUACUACUACCACUGCUACCCCUACUACUACUACUCUUACUACUACCACUGCUACCCCUACUACUACUACUCCUACUACUACCACUACUACUCCUAGUACUACUACUCUUGCUACUACCACUGUUACCCCUACUACUAUGUUUACAACUUCUGUAAUUACUACAAUACAAACUGCAUUGGAAAAUAUAGUGCCUACUGCUCUCUUUAGAUCUGUUCCAUUUUAUGGCACGCUGGUUCUCGAGCAGGGCCCAGACUAUGUUCACCACAAUGUUCGGAAUGGUUGGGUGUAUGUGUGGUUUGUGCCCUCAGAUACUGCCCUGACUGGCUUUCUAGUGUCUCUACACAUCCUCUUUGUAGCAACUGCAUUUUUUCUCAUUCUUUCUGCCUUGUAUGGUAUGCACCGCCUCAGUGAGAUAAUGGGGAAAUUAAAUGCUCAGUCUGUACAUUUGUGAGGAGGGUAAAAUAAGAUGUCACACUGCAAAACAUGGAUACUAUAACUUGCAAAUAUUUGAUGUAAAUGUAAUACAGCUGAAGUUUUAUGUGUUAUUAUUGCUCAGAAGUUUAAAUAAAUAAUUCUUAACACAUCUCAAGCCAAGUGAAA